AUGGGAACCUCUAGUAGUCCAAGGCUUUCUGGAUUGCAAGAGCAAGUACUUACGUAUAUAGAGGGUUUUUGUGACUUGUGAGCAGCUCAUUCCAAAUCUGCUGAAGAUCGACAUAAGAUUGAAUCAAUUGGGUCAGCUGAGUUCCAUUGUAAUUCCAAGCAAGUACAUCGGAAAAAUUUCCUCUACAUCGUGUACUUAUUUCUCCAAGGUAAGAAACAGUUGAAUCAGCUUAAGAGUCCUAAUUUAAUUGGGUUGUCGUCGUAA